GGAAGGAAGGAAGGAAGGAAGGAAGGAAGGAAGGAAAAUGAACACCAGACUCCUCUCUUUCCUUCACCUAGCCAAAACUAUAGUGUUUUUCUCUUCUCCAUCAGUCAUCAAAAGUAGCAAAUCUAAUAGUCUCUGAAAACUACAUUGAUUUAGGCCCAGAUAAUAACAUCAUCAAAAUACAAAUUACAGUAAACUCCUCAACACUCCCCAGAGACCAGUAACGUAAUAGUUCAAGUACCUACAAUGGUUUCCCCAGGUUGAUAGUGAGACCCAGGCCACGUACUUUCCUUCUUCUCACCCUCUGCUCCAAGAUCAGCAAGCACGGUUGGGUUCAUUUGUCUAGAAUACGAAUCCAGCCAAGUGAAGUGCCAUUCUAGUUGAGAAGACAGGGUGCCAUUUUGAUUUCAGAGCAGCCUCAAGACGGGAAGCCUUUCUGAUGGCAAUUCCAGGACUACUUAAUACCUGAGCCUGAAGGACCUGGAUUCAAUUGCUCCCCUAGUAUUGAUUAAUACAGUUCAUUAUCCCAGUAUUCCAAGAGAGCAUUCCUUGGAUUCUUGUCAAUCAAGAGAUAAUGCACUGACCAAAAGAACUGUUUAGAGUCAGGUGAGCUGAAAAUUUUAAGACUGAAGGCUGUCUGAAGUCAGGGCAAGACAAAUCCUGGGAGUUACAAAACUAAAGGUUAGAAUUUUAAUUAAAAUAAUAGUAAUCUGGUAAACAGAACAUCAGCUGAAGAACUACAUAUAUCCAUCUUAACGUGGUGGAUAGAGGAGGCAGCAAACAAGUCUGUCUGAUUCCAGGCACAGUGCUUCAUCCCUAAGUGUCUCCAGAAGGCAUGUGGCAGACAGUAGCCUCCUGAGACCAAGGCUGCAUUUUCACAUCAAGCCCAUAAAUGUCAAGCAUUUCCCAAGUAUAAAACACUCCUCAAAAUACUACUACUUCAGAGCAAUAUAAGUGGUCAAAUACGUUUAGAAAGUAAGACAACUUUGUUGUCUUCUGGGUGAUUCAUAGUUAAUGUCAACAUAUUGGUCACCUGAGCAGUCUCCCAGAAAAAGAUCUACUCCAGUUAUCUCACCUCUUCCCAAAUAUAUUUGAUGUCUUAGAAAUGUUUAUUGGUGGGGCAUAAAUCUCUUUAAACUUGUUCUAAGGAACACCCAUUGGGAAAUACUCUCCUAAAGGAAAUUUAGGGUUAAAAUAGCCUGAAACUAGAUUUUCUGGCUACCAAGUCUGCUUUGUGAUACAGCCACACCCAGCUCAUUAUAUGGGCACUAGGAAUUUGAAUUCAGCUAUCAUAUUUGAGCAACAAACACUCUUACCACUGAACUGUCUUCCCAGCUCCUUUUAUUAAACUAUAAUAUUUUUAGUAAUCACCACAUUUUAAUAUUGAUCACAAUAUUACUUUCAUUUCAGCCAUUCUGGUCUAUAAAAUAAUUAGUUUGUACGUUAUAAAGAUUACCUUCCUGCCUUCCAAAACAAUUGGUCUCCCUACUAUAAAAAUCAAGGAUUAGCUUGUAUACCUGUUUUAUUGUACAAGUUUACAGGGAAAAAAUAUCAUUAUUUGUAUAUUACAUAGAGCUGCAUGAGGAACAAACCACUGUGAAUUUGUAAGAGAAAUGAAUUUCUUUUGCCUAUGUAGAAGGGAAGGGUUUUUAUUAAAGAUAAGGGACAGAGAGAGAGGGAGGGAGGGAGGGAGGGAGAGAGAGAGAGAGAGAGAGAGAGAGAGAGAGAGAGAGAGAGAGAGGCUCUACAAAGCAGACUUGGUAGCCGGAAAAUCUAGUUUCUCCUCAAGGGCCUGGUUUGGUUUUUGAUUGGUUGGUUUGGUUUGGUUUGGUUUAGGUCUCCACCACCACAACUAUUUAUAACUCCCUCCAGACCAGCCCAUCAGCAGGGUACCUGACAGGCAGGAGAAAAGGCCCAAAAGACCUUUGUCUUAAACCAUCAGACUUUUGUCUCAGAGCAGGAAUGUGAGGAAGAAGCCAGGCAUCUUGGGAGUUUACCAUCUUCAUCUAGUCAUUGCAUCUCUCCCUCAUUGUCAGUUCUCCCAAAGACAACUGACUUUGAUUUAAUGAGGAAACAAAAUUGCUGUAGGUUAGGGCAUGAGGAAGGAGGCUGGGUCACAUCCCUGAACUGGGGUAUCACCCAUCAUCUAGACUCAGUGAUUUUUGUCCCCUCUGAUCCUCAGAUCUCAGAGCUCUUCCUUCAUGUCUCAGGACUAGCUGUGGCCAGAGGCCCAGCGCUAAGAUGUGUUACUCUAUUCUCUUUGUUACAUUGUUUCCUUCCCCCUGUUUUGUUUUAGAAUCAAUGGAGGAAGGUCUUCCCCAAACAGUCAAGAAUCCAGCCAAUUCUUUCCUGCCCAUGCCCCCUCCACUGUCAAAUUGGAUUAGUGCUCUUUAUAGAUAGCCUCAUUUGUCUCUAGGCUAUCCUAAGAGAAAUACAAUUUUAAAUGAAGUUUUGGGGUCAACUCAGCUGACUCACAGUAGGCAGUCAAUAUACUGAAACAGGUCUAUCCCAGGCUGUGUCUAGCAUAUUCAGCUGCCUUAACUGGCCUCCUGGAGAGCUACACUUCCCAUAAAAGAUUUGAUGGCUUAAUUCAUAUUUAAAGAUGAGACAGUUCCGCCUGGAUGAAUAAUUUGCCUGAAGUAAGAGUGAAUUUUAGUUUUUCAAGGGCAGGAUCCCAGCCUUGACCAGAGAUACAGUGGGAGCACACCCAUGUAGCCUGCUCCCUUGGGCUUCAAUUCAUGACUCCUGACAAGGCCACAGAAGGUGAACAGCUAGUCUCCUAAAUUAGAAACCUGCCUCUUUCAAAAGACCAGACAGAGCAUCACUCUGAAAUAAAAUGUAGCAAGAACCGAUGGCUCAGGCCACUGGUAGAAAAGGCUGUGUUACAAAAACAUUUUUUUAUUUUAAUUAGGUAUUUUCUUCAUUUACAUUUCCAAUGCUAUCCCAAAAGUCCCCCAUACCCCCCCCCCCACUCUCCUACCCACCCACUCCCACUUCUUGGCCCUGUCAUUCCCCUGUACUGAGGCAUAUAAAGUUUGCAAGACCAAUGGGCCUCUCUUUCCACUGAUGGCCAACUAGGCCAUCUUCUGAUGCAUAUGCAGCUAGAGACACAAGCUCCGGGGGUGUACUGGUUAGUUCAUAUUGUUGUUGUUGCAGAUCCCUUUAGCUCCUUGGGUACUUUCUCUAGCUCCUCCACUGGGGGCCCUGUGAUCCAUCCAAUAGCUGGAUGAUCCACUUCUAGUGAGCAUCCACUUCUGUGUUUGCUAGACCCUGGCAUAGCCUCACAAGAGACAGCUAUAUCAGGGUCCUUUCAGCAAAAUCUUGCUAGUGUGUGCAAUGAUGUCAGCGUUUGGAGGCUGAUUAUGGGAUGGAUCCCCGGGUAUGGCAGUCUCUAGAUGGUCCAUCCUUUCGUCUCAGCUCCAAACUUUGUCUCUGUAACUCCUUCCAUGGGUGUUUUGUUCCCAGUUCUAAGAAGGGGCAAAGUGUCCACACUUUGGUCUUCGUUCUUCUUGAGUUUCAUGUGUUUUGCCAAUUGUAUCUUGUAUCUUGGGUAUUCUAAGUUUCCCAGAUGCCCCUCAACAGAGGAAUGGAUACAGAAAAUGUGGUAUGUUUACACAAUGGAGUACUACUCUGCUAUUAAAAAGAAAGAAUUUAUGAAAUUCCUAGGCAAAUGGAUGGACCUGGAGGGCAUCAUCCUGAGUGAGGUAACCUAAUCACAAAAGAACUCACAUGAUAUGUACUCGCUGAUAAGUGGAUACAAAAACAUUUUAAGGAAGUGUGAGUGACUUCAACACUUCUAAAUCCUUAUGAGAAGCUGAAUAACCCCUAAAGAAGACAGUUGCUUAUUACCUUAAAUAAUAUAAAUAAGCAUGAAACCAUAGAUUGUUAUCCUAGCACUGAGGAGUCCAAGGUCAGGCAGGCCUAUAGUCUCCCUAAGGAGACCCUGUCUCCAAAGAAGACCAACCAAUACAACAAAAAGUGCAGGUGGCAUAAAACAAGCAAGUAUACAUCUAUUAGAAGACAAAGGUAUCCUGAGGUACCCAGAAUUAAAAUUAUUGAGGAUAAAGGAUAAGUAUGCUGCGGUGAGGUUAUCCUCUUGACUCACAGUAAUUGGAGGCUCAAUUGAAGCAACAUAUAUGAGAAGCAAUUUUGAAGGGCUAGUUGUAAAAUAUUGAAAAUGAAGUCGAAUAAACCAAACUGCUUUCUUUUUUUUUUCACUAUGAUCAAAUUGACUUUAUCUCAUGACAUGACUGGUUUAGUAUACUCAAAUUCAUAUAUGAAACACAUCAUAUGAAUGAAUUUAAAGACAGAAAUAUGACCAUCUCAAUAGAUACAGAAAACACCUUUGAUAAAAUCUAAUAUUCUUUUGUGAUAAAGUCCUGAAGACAAUAUGUUUGGAAGGAACACAAUUUUUUAAUGUAAUAAAAGAAAUAUAUAACAAAUGUAGUCUAUGUCAUCUCCUAUGAAGAAAAACAUGAGAAAAUAUUGUAAAAAUUAGCAACAAGACAGGGCUCCUCACUGUCUUCACAACCUACUCAACAAAUUGCUUGAAAUUUUUGCUAAAGCAAUAAAAAUAGAAAAAAAAAUAAAAGAUUUACAAUUAGGAAAUGUAAAAGCUGUGUCGGUACUUCUUCUCAGUCCCAUGCUCCCAGAAAUAAAACAUAGACUCAAAUAUAUUUACAAAUACAAAUAUAGGUAGAAUUUUCUCUGACUAGAUUAUAUCUUCUUUUUUUUUCCAAACUACUUUCAAAUGAGGGAACACUGAGCAGACUUGAAAGAGAGAGCUUGCCUUACAUCUUCACAGUGUUGUAGAGAGACUUGGAUGAGAAGCAGUUUCUAUAGUGUGCUCCUGCUUACCUGAGAACAGCAAAGCUCACGUGCAGGCAGCUCUGGAAAAAGGAGCCUAGCAAGGAAUCCCAGGGCUGACUGCUGGGCAGCAGCAACCUGCAGGGCCUGCAGACUGAUGGGCUGGAAGCAGCUUCGAGCCAGUGAAACACUUGGCUUUCAGCAGACCCUAUAUGACCCUCUGGAAUUUUGUAUCAUGUGUAUGACACUAGCAUUUGCAGGAACAUAUUUAUUGGUGAAUUUUGCUCCAAAUGUCACCCAGGCUAUCUCAGCAAGAACAGUACAGUAUUACUUUGUUGGCUGGCAAUUCCUGGUCUAUGUGAUUUUAGAAAUCCUAGUUUUCUGCAUCCUUCUGUAUUUCCAUAAAAGGAAAGGAAUGAAGCACAUUGUGGUCCUGCUCACCCUGGUGGCACUCCUUGCCUCAUUGACUGUGAUUUCUGUGAAGGCUGUCUCAGGCAUGAUCACUCUUUCUGUGACGGGUAAAAUGCAGCUAACUUAUGCCAUCUUCUACAUCAUGCUUGUCAUCAUGAUAGCCUCUUGCGUUUUCCAAGUCAAGUUCCUGAAUCAAGCCACAGAACUCUACACAAUGACCACAGUGGUGCCAGUCAACCAUGUUUUCUUUACAACCAGCGCCAUCAUCGCAGGCAUCAUAUUUUACCAGGAAUUCCUUGGUGCUGCUUUUCUCACUGUAUUUAUAUAUCUUUUUGGGUGCUUUCUGUCAUUCCUUGGAGUAUUUUUAGUGACAAGAAAUAGAGAAAAGGAGCAUCUACAACAGUCUUUUGUUGACCUUGGGGAUAUUCCUGGGAAACAAAUGUUGGACAAAGUACAACCAGAUUCAAAUGGCUUAUCCUAUGGAACCUUGCCUGAUGGAGGCGACUCAACAAGGGGCCAAUGUGGAGAGAAGAAAGAAUCCUAGGUUGACAAGAGGGAUGGCUGUUGGCCUGCUAUUCAAUACCACCUUUUAAAGGAUUGCACAUGUUCGUUCUGUGUCAGCAGCUAUUUCAUGCUGACAUGUGUGCACAUUAGAUUCACUUCUUUCCCCCACUGUGGACAAUCAGAGCCUUCCUAAUCUCUAACAGUCUAAUGCUUUCAUGGAAUGUAACUGCGAGUGCUCCCCACACCCUGCAUCUCUCCCUAGCAAUCAUCUAGCUGGAUCUUAACGAGAGCCUGGCUGCUGGAACAAGAAUGUCACACAAAAAUGUGCACUAGAGAUCUGGCCAUAGAAGGCAGAGGUUGCUUCUCCAUGUGGCUUGCAGAAUCUGCUUGUUGGCUUUAAAAACACCCUCUCACACUACAACCUUAGUCUUUAAAGGAAGAUUCGAUGUGCUUGUCCUUGGGCGCCUUCUAUGAACCUCUCUUAAGGAACUGACUCCUUUUUCCCUGUUGUAUGGCAAGUCACUGUCUCAGCCAAUUCUGUUAAAAAUCUUCCUUUGAAAAUAAAGAGCCUCAUUACAAAAUUGAGUUUACAGGGGUGUUCUGUGAUGGCAUCUGCUAAAAACUCUAAGGCUGCUAGUGACAUUCUAUAGGGGGAGCAUUUACGACAUAUGACUGUGCUCACCUCUGAGGCAUAUAGACUACAAUUCAAACCACACACAUAUUAUCACGGUCUCUGCAUGAGUAAAGUGUUAAAAUAGCUAAAACUCUAGAAUGGUAGCAUUUUCUCCAGCCUUAUGUCCUCUUAUAUUUACACAGAAACUCAAGAAAAACUUUGUCAUAUGACUUAAAUUGUUACACAUCCUAUACUUUUAUUAGUGGGUUUCUAUAUCUUAACUUAUGAUACAAGUCUCAAAAUGGUAUUUAGUUUCUUAAGAUAUUUAUGCUGCACACCAUUUCUUCCCCCCCCCCCCCCGGCCCCCAGCCCUCUAAACUUUGCUCCUUUUUCUAGAAAAGGAAAAUCAGAGUUAGAGAAGUGGGUUUCAGCUCCUUGAAUCUGGCCAUAGAAUAUGGCCAUGAGGUAAAACCUGAGCGUAGGUGGCCUGUGUCCCCAUGACUGUGACCACCUGCCAUGUCUAACACAAUGGUUUCUCCUUAUGCUUGUGGGCCUGAGUACCAGAGACUUUCCACAAAGAUCUCUGGCCAGGCCUGGUGCGAGGGUUCCAGUAAAGGGAAUCGAAUGUGGGCAGGGAGGGGACAAAUUUAUUGUAACCAAAUAAGAAGGCUCAUCCUUAAUGAUAUUUUAAAGCCUCAGGUCACUCAAACCAGGUCACUCAAGAAUGGUGUUUGUGCAUGGUGCUAAACCCAAAGCUAAUGAAAUACUAACCUGAACUAUUUCUAGUCUUUUAAUUUUUCCUAUUAUAACCUGAGCUCCCGACCAAACUGGAAUAUCCCAAAGCCCACGCAUAGUUUCUGAACUCUGGAUAGCUGUCAGCAAUUCCUCCACCUUGAAAAUUAUCCAUUGAUCUAGCUGCUACAGUCAUAUAAUUAACAAUGUUUUACUGGGUGGGGGCAGUGUGUUGGCUCUGAGAGGCUCAGCUAUGUUAUAGAUCCAGUGCCUUGAACUAUGGGUUUCUAGUAAAUCUUGACAUUGGUUUCAAAAACUGGGAAAAGGGUUUUACUUGAGCUAUAGGACCAUAUUCGUAGCUACAGCACCUAGUUGUGAGCACUGUAGAAUUUUACAGAGAGAAGCUUAACAAUGGUUUGUUUGUACCCUCCAACAUUUAUACUGAAGGAAUACUUGAAGAAAAGAAAUUUAUGCAAUACAGUGAUGCUUUUGAAAUCAAGAUUACACAUAUAAUGUAUUCAGACCUAGUUUCACUGAAUAUGGUGCACCAAACCAAGGUGAAAAGAAGUGUUAGUCUACUGACUUAUAGGAUGUUUUGUUCGUCUUUCUCUGUAGUACUUAGUGCCUGACAACCAAAGCCAUCCCAUUCCUUCUGGCAUUGUAAGCUGGGAACCCUUGGCCAACAUUUGGCUCAUCUGACUAUUUGUCUAGACCAAGGACGAGCGAACUUUUUUAGUAAAGACUUACGAAGUAAAUAUUUGAGGGUUUGUGUUGUCCAUAUGGUAUCUGUCCCCCACUACUCAGCUGUUCCAUAAUAGCAUAAAUGUAGCCAUGGACAAUAUGUAAACAAACAAUGAAUGUACAUCAGCAGUUAUUAAAAACAAACAAAAAACAAAAAAUAGUAACCAAUCUAUGUCUGUACUUUGCCAAGCUCUGGUCUAAGCUCUUUUCACUUCACUAUGCAACUGAUUUUUCUUUUUUCUUGGGCACUGGAUAGCUAAAAAGUAAAACAUUGACGAUUCUUGGUUUGUGACAAAUCAGAUACUUGAUAUUUACAUUAAGAUCAUUUUGCUUAUAUGAGAAAUAAAUGUAUUUGUUUUGAGUUUAUUCUCAGAGUCCAACUGUGUCUCUUUGUAAAGCAGUGUUUCUUUUACAGAUACCACUAAGCAUGCUGGAAGAAUUUCUCCAGUCUCAUGCACCACGUUGAUAAUAAUUUUGGGAGCUAUCUCUCAUGCAGUUGACUAACACACAGAUCUCUCAGGUCUGACAGCUGAGUUUAAAUGCUUGCUUACCCUGUGCUACAAUACUUUCGUUACAAAAAAUCCCUUGAAAACUAAUAAAGUAAGUUUUUUUUUCAA